GCCAGUGCCCAAGAACAGUAUACCACCGAGAGCCACCAAAAUAAAGAGCUAACAAAUGGGUGGACAGAAAGGAUUUAUCAUUGCUGCCGUGGCGUUGCUGAUCGGCUGUGCCGCUCCAGCUUCAGCCGAUGUGAAUGUGACCGCCUUGUGCCUGCUGGUCAGCAGUGGCAACUACGUGGGCAGCCAGUCGGACUGCUCCACCUACUACCAGUGCCAGGGAUCGCAGGUGACGACCCUGACCUGUCCCACCGGCUACUACUUCGAUAAGAAUGCCCAGCAGUGCACGACCAGCGUUCCGAGCACCUGCGUCAGCAGCACUCAUCCCUGCCUGGGCAAGGCGGUGGGCUCCUUUGCGGGCACCAGCACCUCCUGCGGCGGCUACUACUACUGCGGAUCCUCGGGCGCCAUCCGUGGCAAUUGCCCGACCGGCGAGAACUUCAAUCCCACAACCCAGGCCUGCGUGUAUGCCAACAGCUAUCCCUGCCAAUCCGCCAGCGACAGUGAUGGCAGCUUGACUGUUACCCCCAACCUGUGCAAUCUCGUCAAGAAUAACAUCUACUUCGGCAGUGCCUCCAACUGCAGUGGCUGGAACUUCUGCGAGAACAACGUGAUGCGGUCGGGUACCUGCGCCCCGGGCCUCGUAUUCAAUGUGAGGGCCAGCAACUGCGGCUAUCAGACGACCUCCUCCUGCUCCCAGGUGACCAACGAUCCCUCCCUGACGGGACUGAGUUCGCCCACCACCUGCACCUCGGAGGGAUCGACCAUUGCGGCCAAGGCCUGCAACCAGUACUACAUGUGCUCGGCCAGUCUUAGCUACCAGCUAAUGACCUGCCCCGCGGGCUACUUCUAUGACACCAUCUCGAAGGGCUGUGUGACCAGGAUGCAGGCCAGGAACAACUGCGACAGGUGUGUGGGCACCACGGCCAGCUUCGUGAAUGCCUACUCGGCCAGCAACUGCUCCGACUAUCUGUACUGCGUGAAUGGUGUCCAGAAGGCCGUCGAGAGCUGCCCCACCAACUUCUACUUUAACGAGAACUCCGGAUCCUGUGUGGGUGGUGUGGAGCCGCAGUUCCAGUGCUGCAAUCCCACCGGAAGCACCGGCAUUGCGAGCACCUCGGCUCCAACCACUUCGGGUUCUUCCUCUGGAUCUUCUUCCUCUGGAUCUUCUUCUUCCGACACUUCGUCUGGAUCUUCAUCCUCCGGAAGUUCUACGGACACUUCUUCCGGGACAUCCACUGGAACUUCUACGGGCACUUCUACGGGAACUUCUACAGACACUUCUUCGGGAAGCUCCACUGGAACUUCUACGGAUACUGCUUCGGGUACUGGAACCUCCACGGGAACCACAAAAUAAUCUAUUCAAAUCUUCAGCAUUUUUUGAAAACACUAAAUAUAUAACUGCAUACAAAUAAAUAUACUAUUCAAAGUUC